CCAGAUCCGACCAACCAUCAACGCCAACGGAACCAUUCUUCUACUCUACUCGUAUCUCUUCUUGACUCUCUAGUUGUUACUACUACUUCUACUACUUCUGCUACUUCUCCUCUUCAAAUAUUUUCCACUCCGCUCACAGAUUCCUCACUGUGAGUUGAGUGCGACAAACUGUCUCAUCUAUGUCAUCACCUGCACCAGCCAACUGCCGCCUUUCCCUCUUCCGGUUCGUCACAUUAUAACACUCUUCCGUCUCGCUUCCCCAAAAAGUUGCCUACCCCGCGGAACCACCUACGACCCAACGACCAACAACAACUUAUCUACCUAUCCGCCGCGUCAGCCACCUUAUUUCAACUCGCUCGAGGCUCCCUUUCCUCUUCAUGGACUGCUAGCAAUAAGACCCCCCACAAUGAACGGCGUCACUCGAUUUCUCAGUCGGCGCGACAAGAACGGCGAGAAACGCUCCUCCAAGCGCGCCCGCAGUAAAUCACAGUCACGCCAAGUGCCAUCCGAUCUCUACAAGAUCUUCACCAACGAAGAGGAACCAAAACCAGAGUCUGUGGAAGACAAGAAGGUCAAAACUCUCGUUCAGCGUCUUCGAGCUGUCGGCGUCAAUACCCUCAAGGAGGAACAUGUGCAACAUGCCCUCUCGAAAUAUCCCGACGACCUCGACAAGGCAUAUGACCUUCUCAUACUCGCGAAUGACUCGUUCGAUGGAAUACUGAGGGAAUACGACCCAAAUGUAACAAUGGUGGGCGCUGUGAACAGGAACAUGGUCACCUGCUACUUGGACGCUCUUCUGUUUGCCAUGUUUGCAAGGCUAGACAGUUUUGAGGCCAUGCUGUAUGAUAGUUUCAGCGACGAACCUCGAAAGAAGCUCGCUGGGACGCUCCGCCUUUGGGUCAAUCUUCUGCGGUCGGGCGAGCUGAUCAACGUAGAAUUGACAAAGCAUCUACAGGAUGCGAUGGCCAAGUCAGGCUGGGAGGCGGCUGCUGAAAUCUGCCAGCAAGACGCUUCAGAAGCCUUCACGUUCAUCACGGGGGCAUUAGAGCUACCACUACUCACACUGAAGAUGGACAUAUACCAUACUGGGAGAGAAGACAAGGAAGACGAUCACAAGUUCGUCAACGAGCGAUUACUGGAGGUUGCGAUUCCAGAACCAAGUGGCGAUAACGUCAUCACGUUGGAAGAUUGUCUGGAAAACUACUUUAACAACAGGAUUGAGGUGAAGCGGUUUCUACAGCGCCAAAACACACUGACCUCUCUGAGGACAGACUCUGAGAAGAACCACGCAAUUCAUAUCGAAACGGUCGAACUCACGGGCUCGGGAUCAAAUUCUCCUCUCAUUAGUACUCCCACUUCUCUCGCGCCAUCCACUCCGACGGUUCCGAUCAGACCUCCUUUGACCAUCAAUGGUCGUCGACGUGCAGAUAGUAUCUUCAACGAACGACUCACCACAGAUGGGUCAAUAGCCUCCGAGAAAAAGAAACCGUUCGACGAGAAGCGACUCCUCGAGGAGAUGUUGAACGACACACCCGGCACUCGGCCUCGAUCCGCCUCGUUUAGGAAAGAGGUUAUGAUGCCAGCCUGGCAAUUCUUCAGUCUGAUACCUUGGUACACUGAUAAUGUGCCCCAGACGGAUGCGCAAGUCGCGGCACAUUUCUCUGCAAAGAGGCCAGUUCUAGGCAUAUGUCUCAAGCGGUAUUCGAUGGAACUCAAUGGUACUUCGAAAAGGUUGAGUACCUACAUCGACAUUCCACUCGAGAUUGGACUGCCUCAUUUCGUGACUGACGAUAACAUCGAGCACGACGGACCCCUGUUCGGAAACUUCAAGCUCGUUCUCCAGUCCGUUGUCUGUCACCGCGGUGUCUCUGUUGACUCCGGUCACUACGUAUCCCUCGUUCGGGCGAACGUGCCAACCCAUUCAGGAGAAUCCUCGUCCUCCAAAUCUGGAGAACCAGAGGAUAAAUGGUUCCGUUUCGACGAUCUUGCAAGUCCGCGCGUUGCAGAUGUAGAUAUCAAACAGGCCCUGGCCGAGGAAUCGCCGUAUUUGUUAUUCUUCCAAGUGCAACCAAUCGAUGAAGAGCUUGCACGAGGGGCACCCCCACCGUAUACAGCAGCCGCAAAAGAAAGUGACGGUUCUUCGACGGCAGAUCCAUCGGCAACAGAAGGUGGCAUACCACAGGAUUUAAUCAAGAUUGAUGAGUCUUCUGAAGAUGUGGGCCGAGCCAGCUUCUCAAGCACCAGGCCAAGUACGGUUGGAGAAGACCGUGAAGGCAGUGUGACAAGCCUAGAGCGCGGCCGCACCGCACCGACAACGCCCGCCGAAGAUCUCGCCAGCUUUCUCUCUGCCUCGAGACGCGGAUCAAAAACCAUGGAGACCAAGAGUCGGCCGAGCAGUCAAAGUGGAGAGAACAGGUUGUCAUUUACACUAUCGCGACUUACUGGCCGAGGAAGCAAGGAAAAGCUGCAAAUACCAGAGGAAGCGGCUCAAAAUGACCCAGUGAUCAUCGUCAACGAAGUUCAGAGUCAGGAAAGUGGCAAGACGGAGACUGUUCCAACCGACACAACGAAGCUGCCUGUGCACGAUAAACACCAUUCAAAUACCACCAAGGCAGGCAAGAACAAGAAGGAAAAGAACAGGUUCAGAAGUAAAAGCCCAAAGCCCCGCCAGGGCGGUGGGGGUCACAAGGACAAAAACAGGCCUGAUAGAGAAUGCAUCGUCAUGUAAGCAUCAUGAUAUACCAAUUUUUGAGCAAAAGGCGAGCUUAGGGGGUGUUUCCUUUUCUUUCCCGCAUACCCAGGUACAUCCUGCUCGCUCUCCUUGUUUGUUUUCUUUCUCCGCAUCUUUUGCAUGCAUGCAUCAAGGGGCGUUCUUCCAAGGGUGACAUUUUCGGAAAUCGUGUUGCGAAUGGCGCGCGCGGUCUUCAUCAUGACUUGAAUUAUGACACACACACAUGCACAUACACUUUUGUAAUUCAUGCAUUCGGACUUUUGGGGCGGGGUCUUACGAGGGAUUGGAAUUGCAUGUGAAGUAGCAAUGAUGAUACCCAC